UCUUGAGGUUCUAUAGCGGGGAGCUCAUCAUCGAGGUUCCCUCUCUCUGAAUUUUAUUUCGACAAAAUCUUCAUUCGUCGCAGUUGAAUCGUCCAAAAAAAAAAAAAACUCAAAUUGUACGGUAGAAAAGCCUUAAACCCUCUCUUGCUCAAGUCUCCGACGAUAAUCUCUCUUCGUUUUUUGAUCAGAUCAUCGAAUACUUAGGUGCUUAUUUAAAAAUGGAGUUGAUUGCCAUGGCGUUGGUUAUUGCCUUAAUCCUAUUCGGAUCACUUCUUUUCUUCCCAAGAUUAUCGAAAAAAGUUGUAGGUGCAACUACAAGUAGCAACACAAAGCUCAGUACAGAGGGAGUAAAGACUUACACAAAGGGAGAGGUUUCUAUGCAUAAUACAAGAGAUGAUUGCUGGAUAAUUGUCAAAGGCAAGGUGUAUGAUGUUACUCCAUACGUAUUUGAACACCCUGGUGGAGAUGCUAUAUUAAACAAUGCAGGAGGUGAUUCGACUGAGGGAUUUUAUGGGCCACAACAUGCGACUAGGGUCUUUGACAUGGUUGAUGAAUUCUAUAUUGGAGACCUGAAAUCUUGAUGUUGAAGAUGUCUCGACUCUGGGAGUUAUUGGGAAAGGUCCACAGCCCUGCACCAAUUUCUACAGAUAAGCAAAGCUUGGCUGGAGUUUCCUAUUCAAAUCUAUUUGUUAUUUGCUUAGUUAUAACUUGUUCUUGUAGUGUUGUACUGCUCCAUAUCUCAGAUUCAUUGAAGGGUGGUAGUUAAUAAUUAGCAUAAUAUGAAAUAUGGAUUUGGACAGAUCUCAUUGUUUUUGACUGGCAGUCUAGGUACUAAAUAAGAAUUUGGAUGUUGUUUAAGACUUUAUUAAGUCUUACUAUGAAGAUGAAUUAGUAAAGUACUGGUAUGAAAAGAAUUUUUGAUGGAA